UGUGCCAAAAGCACUAUAUAUACUAUACCUCUUCAAUUGAUGCUGCCACCUCUCUACAUGGAACAUGGAACCAAACUGCACAAUCAACUGUCGCCGCCCUGAAUUCCUUCCAAGCGGCACUCCUCUGCCGGAGAGUCCUCGAGUUCCAAUGGAGUUUCUGUCAAGGUCUUGGAGUGCCUCUGCUUUCGAAGUCACUAAAGCUCUUUCAUCUCACUCUUCUUCAUGCAUGCUUUCAAAUGGUUCUAUUCCUGAAGAAACAACUACCACCCAGGACUUGUCUUCGUUACAAUCUAAGAAUCAAUUCUCUUUUCCUACUUCUCAGUUUCUACUUGACCGCAUUAUGUCACAUUCUGCUACUGAGGAAGUCUCGCCGUUAACGUCAGGUAGAUUAUCUCACAGUAGCGACCCUUUGAACGGUGGUGCUUCAUUAACCGGAACAGAGAGUCCACCCAUUUCAACUACAGAUGAAUUUGAUGAUGUUGUUAAGUUUUUUCGUGCAAACAAUUCCAUUCACCCAUUAUUCAAUGGUGGAAGAGCAAGUGCUGCUAAUAGCAACAGCACAGCUAAUUCAGGACCUAAAACUGUGGGAAGGUGGUUGAAAGAAAGAAGAGAAAAGAAGAAAGAAGAAAACAGAACACAUAAUGCUCAGCUGCACGCUACUAUUUCAGUGGCUGCUGUUGCUGCUGCUAUAGCAGCCAUCGCGGCCGCAACUGCAGCCUCGUCAACACCAACCAAGGAUGAAAAGAUGGCCAAGACAGACAUGGCUGUUGCUUCGGCUGCAACGUUAGUUGCAGCGCAGUGUGUGGAGGCUGCUGAAGCAAUGGGAGCGGAGCGCGACCACCUUGCUUCUGUGGUCAGCUCAGCUGUGAAUGUCCGUUCUCACGAUGAUAUCACUACUCUUACUGCUGCAGCUGCCACAGCUCUCCGAGGAGCAGCAACAUUGAAAGCUAGAGCUCUGAAGGAAGUAUGGAAUAUUGCUGCAGUAACACCACUGCAGAAAGAAAUGGGGAGUACAACAACAUGUGGAAAACUUAAUAACAUGAACAGCAUCACCAACCGCAUAAAUGACAAUGGCGAAAAUGUGAAUGAAGAAACUGUUCAAAGUCCAUGCACCGAAGAGUUUCUUGCAAGGGGUAGUGAAUUACUCAAACGCACCCGCAAUGGUGAUCUGCAUUGGAAAAUAGUUUCUGUUUACAUCCAUCGAACCGGGCAGGUAAUGCUGAAAAUGAAGAGCAAACUCGUUGCAGGAACUAUCACAAAAAAGAACAAGAACAUUGUCCUAGACCUGUGCACGGAUUUACCAGCAUGGCCAGGAAGAGAUCUAUUAGACGAUGGAGAAAAACGUCGGUACUUCGGAUUGAAAACAGAAUCGAGGGGAAUUGUGGAGUUCGAGUGUAGAAAUCAAAGAGAAUAUGAUAUCUGGACACAAGGGGUUUCUAAGCUUCUCUCAAUUGUUGCACAAAGACAAAACAAAUACAGCAAUUAAACCUCUCAUCUUGUUAUUGCUAAUGCUAAUUAGUACUAAACUUAAUUUGACACUUUAUGUUUUGAGAUGUAUUAAGCACAUGUGUUCAGCAAUAUCAUCAUAUCAAGUACUCAAAUGGACUUUCAUUAACUUUC